ACACGGCGCCGAGCGCGUCCUUCCGGCCCGCCGUCCCGGGGUGGCGCGGGGAGCGCCCCCGUGCCUGCCCUCCUUUUGGUAGGUGACCCCCCGGCCAUGCUGGUGAGCCGGCGGCUGAAGCGCCUGCUGCGGUUGGUGCCCGGCCGGGAGCGGCUCGGCGCGUACCGCCUGCUGCCCUUCUUCUUCGUUCUCGGCGGGGCCAUGGAGUGGUUCAUGAUCAACGUCCGCAUCGGCAAGGAGACGUUCUAUGACGUUUACCGAAGGAAACGAUCUGAAAGGCAAUACGAGGCAAGGAUGGAAAAGAGCGAAUCUUAGCUGAAGGGCUCCAAGGGACACAUCUCAGUGUUUGCGCUUCUGUGAAAGAAGCACUGCUGGCGAUGUGGUGGGAAGGGGUCUGUGCACGAGGAGCUGCUGACCGGCACUCCUGGGUGCUGUGAGCACGUUGUUCUUCACUCCUGUAUCUUUACUGUUUUGUAUUCAAUCAAAUGCAUUGGGUUUAGGCCUUUGCCACCUAUUGAAUGGUUGGUACUGCUAAAUAAACUGAACUGAGCACA